AUGAAAACUCCCAAAGAACCACAAAGUCAUGUCAAAUUAUUUAAGCCUGGAUCAGCUGUAGUAUAAAAGAGCAGCACUGAGAGUAGCAGGAAAGAGCAUUGUUUGUUAAUGGACCACAGAUGACAUGUGUGAAGGCUGGGACACAAGAGGAAGGACUUUGACAUAGAGAGACAGCACAGCAGGGCAAAGACACGUUUCUGAGCUGGAUGAGACUGUCUUUAACCCUAGGGUUUGCUUUGACCUUUUCAAGCCGAGAGAGCAGACAGGUAAACGGAUCCUCCUUCAGACUCUGAGGGUUGAUGUGGAUGGACUGGUGAGGAUGCUGCCUGUAAAUGCAUUCUGUCCCCUGGCAUUAUAGUGAGUGGCAUCCAUGAAUGCAGCAUUGGGUAGUUUUGGGUAUUCUACUUCAGUACCCAGUUUGCGCUCUCUGCCCACUCACGUUUACACAGACUGCUGCAGGACAAAGCGGUCUGGCAGGGAUGUAGGACUCAUUGUUAUCGGAAAAAAGCUUCUCAGAGAACCAAACAAAUACAGUUGUUCAGGCCCCGUCCAACUCACCAGAGGUGCUAACAAAGGCCUAUCGAAUGACCAAAGUGUCUCAGUGUGUUCUCAGAGCUUCAUUGGCGACUGUAGCCCAAUGAGCCUUCACACAACGUGCUCAUGCAGCGCUGGCUAUGCCACAGGCUUCUCCACUGAACACAGCUCCAUCUACUCCUGGAGAUACGAUGAGUUUGACCGUGAGAAUACUCAGCAUGUACGGCAGCUCUUUAGUGCCCUGGAUGAACUGCUGUAUGAAGGUAAAGUGUGCAGUAAAUCAGAGUCUCUACGCAAGGAGUGUGAGGAGUGGAACACACACUCCCCCCACCUCAGGAUUUUAGGCAAUCAGUUGGAGCCUCCCAAGCAAGAGGGAAUUCAGUAUGUGCACUGGAGACCCACAAGCACUAGGACAGCAGUGUCACCUCCAUGCCUGGAUACAAGAGACAACCAUAGCGAUCUAUGUGUGGAAGGCCACAGACUCGCCCCGGGAUCCUGGUCUGAUCAGUCUGUCUACUCCGGGUUGCCUAUUUCUGAGCUAUCAAGCUCUCUUAUCCCACAAGAAGAGGAGAUCUACGAGGUAGAGGGCAGGAUAGAAGAGUUUCUAGCUUAUGAUUGGAGAGAAACGGACAACGAGGGAACGGAUCAUAAGAGGACCUCUGCCAUUACCUCCUGGGAUGGUGUACCGUGUCUUUCCCCCAACGCCUGCAUCCGUGAUGCCGUGGCUGACGAGCUGUUUGAUGACGUAUGGCGGGAGGUAGUGAGCUUACUGGAAGAGCUAUUGCGCAAACACUGGGAGAAGCAACAUUCUGACGGCGCAAUACAAAGAUGGACGCUGGAGAGCUCAAGCCAAAUCUUCAUUGAACCUUCAUCACAUCUUCCUUCAAGGGGAAGUCACAUUUCUCCGAGCAGAGGCCCUAAUAGCAGGAGCAUGUUACUGUGGCCAAACACCUAUAAUGGGCAGGACUCAAAUGUCUUUAAGUCCAAUUUAAAUGGUGUAAUGACAAUCCAAGCAAAGCCUUUGCAGCAGAGACAGCAAGGAUAUGGCGAAAGGUCACUAUAUGACUCAGACGACGGAAGCACAACACUCACUACCCUGAAGGCCCCGAGUGGAAUAAGCACACACUCCCACAAACCCUCUGGCCAGCGGAUUCUUCCCAGACUCGCCGGCAGAGCUCUUUUGCGUCACAGCUUCCCAGCACAAAGCUCCCUGCGAGGAACCAGACUAUCCACCGUCACUGAGGACCUGCUCACUCCACCUGUGAGUGCAGUUCAGAACCACAGACUUCCUCUCAUCCAUUCUUCUGACUCUGUAGAGCAAGAUUCUAACAUUCCUGCUCUGAGACAUACACAGCUCAGGGGUCGUAUCAUUAAAGGUGGUGCAGUGCACCCAGUGUCCAGCCUUCCACCUCUGAAAGAGCCUACUUUACUGCUGGAGUCCCUAUCCCGCCCCAACACUAACCACACGUUCAGAUCAGACACACCCAUGAAAAGUUCUUACACAGCUAUGGAUUUUGCUUUUAGUAUGAGGACAGGGAGAAGCCUUUUCACAGGGAACUUCUCCAAAACAGGUGAAGGAACACCUAUGGGUGUAACAGGCUUCAGCAUGGGAAUUACCUCUUCUACAGCAAAUGGUUUUUCUGACUCUGCCGCACCACCAAAGAGACGCACGCAUCUUCUGUCUUCCUCUGAUGGGGAGGGGGGGAACGUUACUGUACUUGGAUCAAUAGGUGCCCGGAAGGCAUUGAGUCGGUUUCCGCUACACGGGAGGAAGAAGUUCCAUGUGGUAAUGCCACAACACAGUUAAAGAUGUUUACAGUUCAACAGUUGUUUACACUGUUGAAGGACACUGCAAAGAGUGCAACUCAUCACUGACUGUAACAGUGUG